ACUCAACCUUUUUCAUAGUAAGGAAAAUGCAAAUUAAAACCACCGAGCUAACAUUUCUGACCUAUCCGGUUAGUAAAAAUCCAAAUUUGAACAAGGCACUGCGUUAAACAUCGGCGUAGAAACUGGCUCUGUCACGUGUUGGCUGGUGGCGCGCAGUGCAGAGCGGGGCCUGGCCGGGGAUCCCAGACGGCGAGGCUGGUGAGGCCCACGGAUGACUGUGGGUCUGGGCCAGGCCGGCCACACCGGCAGCCCUGCAGCUGCGGCUCGGGUGGAGGCAGAGCCUCUCGCUGCUGUUCUUCAGUGCCCGGUCCCACGGACGCCACGCUGUGCCUUCAGAACGCGAGGCCCCGUCUUCCACCUGACGUUUUCCAGGCCCAGACGGCUGCCCAGAAGAUACACUUUGUCACACUGUCCUGCACCUCCAGUAUGGCAUGUACGUCUGGCCCUGUGCUGUGGUGCUGGCCCAGUACCUGUGGUUUCACAGAAGAUCUCUGCCAGGCAAGGCUCUCUUAGAGAUUGGAGCUGGAGUGAGCCUUCCCGGAAUUGUGGCUGCAAAGUGCGGUGCAGAAGUGAUCCUGUCGGACAGCUGCGAGCUGCCGCACUGUCUGGAAAUCUGUCAGCAAAGCUGCCGACUGAAUAGCCUGCCCCAGGUGCGUGUCCUAGGACUCACGUGGGGCCACCUGUCGCAGGACCUCCUGGCUUUGCCACCGCAAGACAUUAUCCUCGCAUCUGACGUGUUCUUUGAACCAGAAGAUUUUGAAGACAUUUUAACUACUGUUUACUUUUUGAUGCAGAAGAACCCUAAGGUCCAACUGUGGUCUACUUACCAGGUGAGAAGUGCUGACUGGUCACUUGAAGCUUUGCUCUACAAGUGGGAUAUGAAAUGUGUCCACAUUCCUCUGGCAUCUUUCGAUGCAGACAAAGAAGACAUAGCAGAAUCUGCCCUCCCAGGAAGACAUACCAUUGAAAUGCUGGUCAUCUCCUUUGCCAAGGACAGUCUCUGAACUACACCCACAAGCUGUUUUGGGACAGUGCCGGGACCCGGGCCACUCCGGCCUCUUGGACAGUGCGAGCAGCGGGCCCAAACAUGGUCUAGCUGUUUGCUGGCCUUAGAUCGCGGUGGGUCACCUGGGCAACACCCGUGGGCUCCAUAGCCAUGAAACAAAUUAAAACACUUAUUAAGAAAAGGA